AUGACGGGCAAGGGCAAGCAACCGGCAAAGAAGCGCAAGGGGCGUACAGAGCGUAGGUAUAAGAACAAGGGAUAUGAGAACAAGAAAAAGGUGUGA